AUGCCGUCGUUCUUCUCCUCCACUCUUUCUACCUUCCCUCCCACUCCACCUCAUGUUAUUGGCAGCCGUCUCGAAUCAGAGACGCCGUUCUAUCAGCAAAAUAAUUCUGCCUAUGCCAUGAGAUUUCCUCAAAACGGCUAUGAUUUUAUCGAAAAGUUCUCGCAGACCGCCAACGCCAACUACCAAAACCAUGGCCCGAUGACUACGCACUCGCAGCCAUUACAUCCGCUACACGGAGGUCGGGAAAUGGGUUCUUCUCAGACGAUGGUAUCGCACCAGGCCCUUCCACAAGCCAUCUAUGGCACGGUGAACCCUCCUAUCCUGCCUCCCAUUCGUUCAAGCACGAAGCUUCCCCCGAUGGACAACGCGAUUCCUCCGCAGUAUCGACGACAAGAAAAAGUCAAUCACCAGGACUCACGACCCAAGGAGGAAAAACCGACCGGAGGCGUGGCGGCCCACCUGGACUACGAGAUGGGUCAGAUGUCGGAUUUCGUGGCGGAAAUGGCCCAGGGAAUGUAUGCUUUGUAUAUCUCCAAGAUUGUGCUUGCAGAUAUUGACUUCGCUCGAAGUGUUUACCCAGGAACAACAGUCCCGCCCCAAUUCCGAAAAUACGUCUCACAGAUUCUUUCUUCAACUCGUCUACCUAGCUCCACCAUUCUUCUAGGCCUCUACUACUUGGCAUGUCGAAUGCGGAUGCUUUCAGCAGCUGAUGUCUACAAGUCUGGAAGCUCUCAGGUCUACCGCAUGCUUACCACCGCUCUUUUGCUUGGAAGCAAGUUCCUCGACGACAAUACGUUCCAAAAUCGCUCUUGGGCGGAAGUUAGCAAUAUUCCCGUUGCGGAAUUGAAUGCGAUGGAAUUGGAGUGGCUUUUCGGGUUUGAAUGGAACAUCCAUAACCGUAUCCACAACAAGCAAGACGGGUUCAAGUCGUGGAAGGCACAUUGGGAUACAUGGCGCGCAAAGGCUGAUGCAAGGGCGAACGAGUCUCGCAGUAAACUUGCUCCCAUUGAUACAAACAUCCAAAGACAGCAUGCAUCUCAACAGAAGGCGGCGCUUCUGUCCCCCGAUGGGCCAAUUCCCCCUCAAUAUCAGAGGGGUGCGUGGCUAAGCUCUAAUGCUUCAGAUUACUCUCCGCCUUCAGCGCCUCAUAGCGGUCCUAAUACGCCUGAUUACUACCGUCCUGCCCCUUGGGCAUACAGCAACCCGCCACCUCCGUAUUCUCGUGGCUGGGUUGUCCCUCAACAGUACAUUCCUCCGGCUCCCCGAUCGCAACCGCCAUCCUACCACCACACGCCUUCCUAUACACACGCCUUCUCACCAACGGGUUGGACUGGACAUGGAUCGUCCUGUGGCUGCUUGUAUUGUGCGAAACACCAAGAGCACUACCUACAUACAGUAGCUUUUGCCAUUCAACCUGUUGCCGGCUAA